AAUGAAGUUGUUUGUGGUUAUUUUGCAUUGAAAGUAGGUUAAACAAACAAACAAAAAUAAAUAAAUAAGUUGGCCCUAAUCAUAAUUACAAACACGCCCCCACACGGAUACACUGACACAAGCUUUAGAUUGACAGUAAACGCAAAGUUACUGUUACUCAAAAACUCGUGCAAUAAACAAAGAAAAUACAAAUUAUUUAAAAUGAAUGCAAAUAUAAUUUGCUCCGUCAUAAAUAUUUGUCAGCAUGAACGUGAGCAACAGGCUAUACGCAAAUGCGUAAACACAAAAAUGUUGUUAAAAAAGGUUAUGGCGGUAUAUAUCAAUCCGAAUAUCAUAAAAAAUAGUUUAUUUAUUGCAUAGUUUUUAAAUAUUAUAAAUAUGACAGCUGUAUCCACAUCUGACAGCCUUUAACUUGGUUAUUCGCAUUCCACCUCCAAAGAUAAAAAAGGAUAUAAUUCAAAACAGUGUUUUGUGACACUAAAUACACUUAGACUGAAAACCCCAAUGUAUUUAUUUAUAAUUAUUAAAUUGGGGGGAAGAAAUACAAUAAAAAACGAAAGGCCUGAAAGAUUAGACUAACACUGAAUUGCAUUUACAUCAACUUUGCGUUACCUGAACACACCAAUGUGAGACAAGAGGGUUUAAUGCGUACUAUUAUUAUUGUCUUUUUGCCAUCUUAAUCUUUAUUUUCGCUUCAUUAUGUUCUCAUAUAAUACACAUGUGACAAUGACACGGCGUUGCAGUUAAUAUAGGAACAUUUGCGUGUACUUUAUAUAUUUACAAUCAAAAAUCAAUUAAUGUGAUCUAGCGUGGUGUAUUUGGAGCGGCAGAAUCAUUUUAAUGCCCUCUGCCAGCUUGUAAAAUUCAAAUAAAAGAAUUGCGAGAUGUGUAACAACUCUCCAUGAGUAUUUAUAGGAUGUAUCUGUUAAAGUUGUUCAUGUGAGGUGUACUAAAGCAUAUUAUCUAAAAUAUAGGCUACGGUCUUUUAAAAAAUUCUUAUAGAAUAUCAUCUUCUUUUACGGAGCCAAUGGUUUCAACCUGCUGACCCCACUACAGUAAAUAUGAGUGGAGUUCAGCACUGAGCAUCAGUAUUUCUUUAAAACAAGCCUGUAAAAGAUGAACAUCACAUCUUUAUAUGACACUGAAUUCAACCGUAAUUUGUUUGAAAACAACGACGAACGCACCCUCUGCUUCGGUGGGAAAAUGAGCUUUUUCUUUGUGGGGAAAACGUAUUUUUACUAAUUUAUUUUUUGUUUAUUUUUUGCCAUGUAAUAAAGAUUAAACGAGGCUAGGGACACUUCUAUAUAUUUCUAAACAGGAAAGUGAAAGAUGAUCAGUUCAGAGCCUUUGAGCAAGGGGAAAAGAAAAACAAGAUUUUACAUUUUUAAUAAGAUAUUUUAUAGUAUUUUUAAAAAGCAUAUAAAACCAGUAAUACAGAAGUUAAUGUUUUGUUUUGUCUGAAAUGGACCAAGUGGGUGGUACCUUCUAGUGUUCGAGUAAGCUCCGACACGUGACGUGGAGAUGACCAAUCAGGUGCACCUCCAGGUUUAACUACGUUAAAUGUCAGAUUGCAAUAAACUAGAAGCUGUUGGUCUGGCCCGCGGAAAUGGGCGAGCAUAAUCUUCUUAAUCCUGGGUUUGUGGGACCUUUGGUAAACAUCCACACUGGAGACAGGUUUUACUUCCCGAAUUUUAGAGCCUCAGGGGGACAGCUGGCGGGGCUACCGUCUCUCUCGUACCCUAGAAGGGACAAUGUUUGCUCUCUCCCGUGGAAUCCAUCGGAGUCGUGCAAUGGAUAUCCUCAGUCUUACUUUAGCAGUCCCGUGUCCAUUAACCCCUCUUUUAAUCGAUCUUGUGAAAUAACCCGACUGGAGGAAAGCAAGUGUUAUUAUGGCAAUUCCAGCAGCACCAGAGAGUCGUGUUCAGACAGCAACAAUCUCAAACGAGAGGAGCGAUCAAGAGAUACAUCACUAUCGUCUGAUCACGGGAUGCACAAUGGGAUGGGCAACAGUGGCACCUUCUCAAAGUAUGAUUAUGGCACCGAACAUCUGACCCAAGACCCGCCAUCCUGUCAGUCGUUGGAGUCCGACUCCAGUUCUUCAGUGCUAAACGAUGGAGGAAAGACUUCAGCAAGCGAUCCACAAACCCUGGUAUCGCAAGGAAACCACGCAAGCAAUAUCGCCAGUGGAGGAGGUGCCCCGUGGUACCCGAUGCACACCCGGACCCGCAAGAAGCGAAAGCCCUAUUCCAAACUGCAGCUGGCCGAGCUUGAAGGAGAGUUCAUGCUGAACGAGUUCAUCACCCGGCAGCGACGUAGGGAGCUGUCUGACAGGCUCAAUCUCAGCGACCAACAGGUUAAAAUUUGGUUCCAAAAUCGGCGGAUGAAGAAAAAGAGACUGUUACUAAGGGAGCAGGCGUUGUCCUUCUUCUAAAGAGGCACAAAAUAUACAUUGUUCAAUGCUAGUCCAACAGCAGUAUUUAGGUAAUGGUAAUCUGCCAUUGGCCCAUUUUAGUCUGAAAGUCUUGCCCAACGACGCAUUCAGAAAACGCGAAUAAGAGUUCAAACAUUUAUGGGUACGCGACCAAAUGAUAGCUCUAAAAGUCUGCUUAUACUAUGUGGUCUAGUGUUUAUUUAAGAUGGUUUGUGCCCAGCAAUUGUGGGCAUGAGUACGGUGGUAAUGUUUUAGUCUAAGUUUUGAACGUAAAAAGCUGUCUAAGCCAUCUCUCACUUUAUUAAGUAAUUAACUGCUAGCUAGAAAUUCAGACAAAUAUAAGCUGUGAGAUAGAAUUUCGGACAGUAAAAUGUUUUCUUAUCAGUCUUAAUGAUAUCGAAAUGAUCGCUAAAUAUUUAUUGCUGGAGUGUUAAAAGAUCUUUUGAAAUUAUAACACACUCGUGCCAUUAUCAGUGUUCUAAGCUACAAAAAAAUAAAAUAAAAAAUGGACUGAAACGCCAUAUAUGUGGUCAUAAUGAGAAUCCUUAACUGUUAGUAAUCUCCCAUCUAUGUUUUUAUUUUGCCAGUUAUCGCUAAGAAAGAGCCUUUCAAACUCAAUACUCAACAAUAAGAAGUGUGGGCAGCGUUAAGCCAUCAACGUCUUAUCUCCGUUCCGCAGUCAUCGCCACGUGUUCUAUGGCACGUUCACGGUCACGGGCACAAAGUUAGUGACCCAACUCAUAUCUUGGGCCCUUGAGAACCAAACUGCAAUUACAGAACAGCUUUUAUGAAUAGACUUUGAUCUAGCCUGUGAAAUGUCAUUCUGACAAAUGUUAGGAGAUUACAACUAGAUAUUGGCCAAAGUGUAAAUUGGUAGGCCUGCAGCUAAGCCGCACAAUCGCGACUUUCUGCUAAUAAAAUAUUUAUUCUUGAUAUAGUGAAAAACGUUAUAAUCGUCUCCAUCAUAUUUGCAUUUUUAACAGCAUAAAUUGCCCAUUAACGAUUGCUUGUCCCUUGAUCUGUGUAAUUUGGACAUAUUCGCUUAGGUCUACUUAAUUAAUUCACAACAACAAUGCUUCUGGGAGAGAAAUGCAUGGUCAAGUAAUAUUAAGACGCGCAAUGUAAAUUAAAAAAUAAAAUAAAAAAUAACCAAUUCAUAACUGUAAUGAAACUAGCAAUCAUGCAGAAGAGAUCAGAUUUAAAUUCCAAUAUUCACGAGCCUGUUUUGCUAAUUAGCGGGACCCAUUGUGUUAUUAGAAACAUUAUUUACUCAGAUCAUGGAUUAUAUGCCAGUGAAAUAGUUCAUAUUUGCUGCAUGAUUAUAAUGACUGUAGUUAGAAGGUAAAAAAGCAUAUGUUUUUUCUGGCUAUUUUUUGUCAAAAAGGCGCAUGUAUUAUUUUAAAACACCUUAUCAAACUUAAAAGAACGUUUGACACGGAACUGGUCAAAAGUUGGUAUAAUCUAAAGAAGUUUAUUCGUUUGUAAGUAUUAUUAUUAUUAAGUAUUAUUAUUAUUAUAUUAUAAAGUAAUUUGGCAGAAGUCGGUGCUACGUUUUCUUUCUUUUGUUGUUGUUAUUGGUCUGAUAGUUUGGCGACUGACAUUUGCUUUAAACCCUAUUUUUGUGAAUCUAUAGAAAAUACAAUUAUAUGAAUGACAUCAACAACUAUAUAACAAUGAUCGUCACAUUUCCCCCUCUUUGGAUUGUUUUGUGAAAUUGUCUCCGAUGUAUAAUUUUUCUGUGUUGUUCUGUGUAAUUUUGUGAAUGCUCCAGUGUUGCAUUCCUUUGUACCUUGCGAUUAAAAUGUCUUGUAAAUAAUGUUCAUGAAUGUAUCCAUAUAUGUGUAACCUACAGUUUCUGAUUAAUAAAGUCUUUCAACUUCA